AUGACAAUCGCGGUUUUCUUCUACUUCUUCUUCUUCUCCUGUGUUGUCCUUUCCCAUGCACGGCAGUUUCCAACCAAGCGAUUUCAUUUGGAUCAAAAUCUUACCAGCAUGUUUGACACCACGUCUUUCUCUCAACACUUUUCAGUGGUGUGGGGAUUUGAUCACAGCGAAGUUUCGGAGAACGUUAUCCAUGGCUCAGGUUCCGGGAUCAGGUCUCACAACAAUUACACGUUUGGCUUCUUCAACUCGGCCGUCAAACUUCCGGCAAACUAUUCCUCUGGAGUUGUAUCAACUUUCUACGUCUCGAAUGAAGAUAGUUUCCCUUUUACACACGAUGAGAUUGACUUAGAAUUUUUGGGAGCAGCAUCUGGGGAUCUAUACAUCAUCCAGACAAACAUCUACAGCAAUGGCAGCACGUCCACUGGAAGAGAGCAAAGGUUCAAGCUAUGGUUUGAUCCCACUGCCGGCUUCCACAACUACAGCAUCUUUUGGACUCCUUAUCACAUCGUGUUCUUUGUGGAUGAUAUACCCAUUCGAGAAGUUCUCAAGUCGGAAGAACUGGGAGAAGACUAUCCUCUGAAGCCAAUGAACGUUUUCGCUACAAUCUGGGAUGCUUCUCAAUGGGCCACAGAUGGUGGAAGAUCUACAGUAGACUACUCAUAUGCUCCAUUUGCCACCGAGUACUCCAACUUGAUCCUCAGUGACUGUCACUCGUCAACUUUAGCUGAGGAGUGUCCAUCUGGAGCUUCGAGCGUGGUUCCCCAAGCAUUGCUCAGUGAAUCACAACACCAUUUGCUACACUGGAUUCGUGCUAACUAUAUGAUAUACGACUACUGUGAAGAUAAAUCCAGGUAUCCACAGGCUCUUCCCGAGUGUCGAUCUGGAUAG